GCCUGUGGAGCCUGCAUUUCUUGUACUAAUCUUAUUAGAAUUAAGGCUGGUUGGUUUUUAUUAAAGCAGCCACUUAAAGAUUAAGUUGAUCUGGUUUUAAAGAACAACGUCAAUCUAAUUCUGUAAAUAUUAAAACUAGACAAGUUUUCUACGAAAAUUAAAUAGAAGCUAAUCCAGUUUGAAUGGGCAAAAGCUCGGCAGUCAGUAGUAGAAGGUGCCCUCAUUCAUUCUUUAACAAAAACUCAAUCUCGCUCAGUUCACACAACAUACAGUGAAGUCUGCCCUCUUCCAUCUCCAUAAACUUCACAGUUGCUACUCAGAGCCAUUCCGGUCUUGACAGUCAAAAUGAGGAUGAUCUUGUUUUUCCUUGCUGGCCUGACAGUCCAUGUGGUCUUCUUCCUGUCCAUCUUUGACAUAUACUUCACUUCUCCUUUGGUCCAUGGCAUGAACCCUCAGUCCACCCCACUGGCACCCCCUGCAUCCAGACUGGUGUUAUUUGUAGCUGAUGGCCUCAGAGCUGACAGUCUUUUCACCCUUUUGCCCGAUGGCUCUUCAAGGACUCCAUACUUAAGGCGUGUAAUCGAGGAGACUGGUACCUGGGGUGUCUCUCACACUCGUGUGCCCACUGAGUCUCGACCUGGUCAUGUUGCUCUCAUUGCAGGCUUCUAUGAGGACGUUAGCGCAGUCGCUAAAGGCUGGAAGGAGAAUCCUGUAGAGUUUGAUUCAGUGUUUAAUGAAAGCAGAAACACAUGGUGCUGGGGAAGCCCAGAUAUCCUGCCUAUGUUUGCUAAAGGUGCCAGCGGAGACCACGUUCACACCCACACAUACCCUGCAGAGGAAGAAGACUUUGCCUCCACAGAUGCGUCCAGACUGGACAGCUGGGUCUUCACUCAGGUCAAAUCCUUCUUGCAAUCAGCAAACUCAAACUCCAGUCUAAAGUCUAGUCUGCUCGAGGAUCGAAACAUCUUCUUUCUGCACCUGCUUGGCAUUGACACUAACGGACAUGCUCACAGACCGAUGUCACGGGAAUACCUGGACAAUAUUGUUCUAGUGGACACAGGAGUAGCUGAGCUUGUGUCUGCAUUUGAGGACUUUUUUGGUAAUGAUGGCCGAACUGCAUACGUKUUUACCUCUGAUCACGGCAUGACAAACUGGGGCUCCCACGGUGCUGGUCACCCUUCUGAAACACUCACACCUUUAGUGGCGUGGGGAGCUGGGCUUAAUAAGGCUCAGAGAGUCACAGAAACACAGCCGUACCAGGAUGGGUACUUACAGGAUUGGAAGUUGGAGCACAUACGUAGAGUUGAUGUCAAUCAGGCUGACAUUGCUCCACUGAUGGCCUCUCUCAUUGGUUUGCCCAUUCCUGUUAACUCUGUUGGUGUGUUACCACUUCUCUACCUUAACAACAGCAAUCAGUUCAAGGCAGAAAGCAUKUUCACUAAUGCUAUUCAAGUCCUGGAGCAGUUCAAGAUGAAAAUGAGCCAGAAAAAAGAGACAACCUUGUCUUUUCUCUUCACACCCUUCCAACUCCUGACAGAGACAAAACAAGCCGAAUUCAUCCAGAAGGCUCGAAUACUGAUUCAGCUGGAKAAGUACAACGAGGCUGUGUCUCUGUGCCAGACCCUGAUAUCGCUCUCUUUAGAAGGCCUGGUCUACUACCACACCUAUGACAGGUUCUUCCUAGGAUGCAGUGUGGUGCUGGGAUUUGUAGGCUGGACUUCAUAUGUUAUUUUAGUCAUACUGAAGACUCACGCCACCUUAAAUCGGCAUCCUAAUCUCACGAAACAAGUUUCUACAWCGAAUUUGGGGAGAAUUUCUGUUUCUGUGGCGGUGAUGAUCACCAUGUUUCUAUUAAUCCAAAGAAGCCCCAUUACUCACUACAUUUACUGUCUGCUGCCGGUACCCGUGUGGUACUCUGUUUUUAAAGAGUCUGGAGUUUUAACAGAUCUGAUUCGAUCAGCCUCCUCUCUGCAACUGAAGAAAUGUUUUGUCUACUUAGUCCUGGUGGUAUUUGGAAUCGAGCUGCUCGUGGCGAGUUUCUUCCAUCGCGCCAUGCUGACUCUGGGCCUCACUGCUCUGUCCUUGUGGCCCCUCCUGUCUGGGCUUUUUGACAAGGCAAAGUUUCGUGCUUUGAGCUGGUUUGUGGCCUGUCUAUGUUUGGCUGUUUUCCCUCUGAUGCCUGUUGUUGGUAGAGACCCUAACCUACAGCUGGUUGUCUGUGCAGGUCUGCUCACCCUCUUCACAUCAGCCUGUUACCUGUGGUCAUCAUGGCAGAGGACACCGCUGCACCCCAGUGACAGACGGCAGUUUUUCACUCAGAUGAUCCAUGUGGCUGUGUGCGCGUACGUGCCAUACCUCACCCACUCCAGCCUGCAGCAGAAACAGGGCCUACCGCUUCUCAACCAGAUCAUCAGCUGGAGCACUUUGGCGUCGUCCAUAUUUGUUCCUUUGCUGAGCUCAACGCGCCUUUUCCAUCGGCUCCUCAGCAUCUUCCUGUCUCUCAUCUCUACGUACCUGCUGCUCAGCACAGGGUCAGAAGCCUUGUUUCCUCCUGUCUUAUCUUGGUUAAUGUUUGCGUGGAUCAACAUUGAACAGGAGGCUUUAAUCGCUCAGGGUGUCUCUGGCAGGGAAGAGCUGUCUACUAUUGAUUUCUCAGCAAACAUCGACGUCUUUUUUAUAAUAACAGCUUUCUUCGGCACAGGGAACAUAGCAUCCAUUAACAGCUUCGACCCGGCCUCUGUUUAUUGCUUCCUCACUGUUUUCAACCCCUUUAUCAUGGGAGGACUCAUGAUGUGGAAGGUCAUCAUUCCAUUUAUCACAGUAAUGUGCACAUUUGAAACCAUCCAGGUUGCGACUCAGCUCUCAUCAAGAAGUUUGUUUCUCAUCGUCCUGGUCAUCUCUGAUGUCAUGGCUCUGCAUUUCUUCUUCAUGGUGCAGGACUAUGGAAGYUGGUUGGACAUCGGCACCAGCAUCAGCCAUUAUGUGAUUGUGAUGUCGAUGACGAUAUUUUUAAUGCUGCUCAGUGUGGUCACACACCUUCUCACCUCAAAAAGACUCAUCCUUUGGAAACAACAUAAGAUGCACUUUCCUUAAAAAUAUUUAUUUGUGUUGUCAAAUGWACACACAGCCAAAACACAACAAAAAAUUAGUAUUGUUUGAUUUUUUUUUAGAUCUGUUUAUUAUUGCAUUACUGUAUUGUUUUGUUUUUUUUUUAUGUACAGGAAGCGGAUGUUUUAUUGCUAUACUAAACUGUAACAUUUUGGUUUAGAAAAUGGUUUAAGAAUUUUGCACAGUGCCAUUUGGCUUUUUACCGAUAUAUUGUGUCUGUUUCAGGAACUUUUUUCUAUAAAUCAUUAAUAAGUCUGACUUCUAUUGUAAACUAACCUUUGCCAAGAUGUCAGAUUACCACUGAAGGGGCAGAAAUAUGUUACCAUAGAGGAAAUGGAUGUUUUUUUUUUGUGAUUUCAUAUUUGCAAAUAAAAAUGUAAGAAUGGAAUUGCACUGGCUAUACUGACUAUACUAUACUAACUGCUAUGAAUAAGGUACUAUCAUAUUACAGAAGAAGUCAGUCAACAUAAAGGGAAAGCCCCAAAUUAAGCAUCAUGUGUGCAAAUUAGAAGUAAAAAUUCAGAAAUGACUUAAAGUAUAACCAACCAGAACAGGCACAAACAUUUAGUCUUUAAUAAGCAAUAAAUGCAYACUUUUUUGUUGUUUCUGUUUGAGCUCAUGUCUGAAAAAUAAAUUAAAAAGUAUCUUUGGACCUUCAA